CGAAAAUUACCCUCACUUUUGAAUAACUCAAUUCCCAUGAAGAGGAAAGGGACAUUCCCUCAUAAAGUCGUGCUCUGGUAAAUGCCCACAGAAAUUACACUGGUGGGAUGGCUACCGAUAGCGUUCCGAAACUCAAUGGACAUUACCGCAAAACAGCAGGAGAUGGGACAUCGAGCUCGAGCCUGAGCUGUCGUAUGAGUAAAAACAUCUAAUCUAAUAAAUGUCUUGAAGUGUGUUUCAAUGGAAGGGAUUUCGUACAGUCCUUCUGCGCAUUAGAUCACAAACGAAAAUGCUGGUUUACAAAACCAUCAAAUUGUACAUACGAUCUUGUUAAAUGUUUGAGAAUGAAGGCGAACUUACCCCCUUAUAAAGCGCCGGACAUUGUGGACGGUGAGUGUGAUAAGGUUAAGAAAGAACCAUGGUGCGAAACCAUUGCGAUAAAAGAAAAUGAGGAAUCAGAACCGAAUGAAAAAUCAUAUGAAAAAUCAACGGAAAACGAAAAAGCCGAAAAAUCAACCGCAGCAAAUUCCACCACGGAAAAAGAAACAACAGAAAAAUCAACUACAGAUAAUAAAACAACAAAAAAAUCAACAACAGAGAAAUCCACCACAGAAAAAGGAUUAGAAACAACAUAUAACGCGACAGAAAAAUCAACAGGAGAAAAAUCAACCACAGAAAAAGCAGCAACAGAACAAUCACCAACAGAGAUUCCGAAAUUAAACGAAGAAAAAGACACACCGACAGAAAAAUCAAUAGUGAAACCAAAAUCAGAAGAACACACAGCGAAGGAAGAAACAACUGAGAGCAAAAAAGCAGGGGAAGACACAGCAAAGGAAGAAUCAACCAAGGAACCCAAGUCAGAAGAAGACACAGCGACGGUAGAACAAAAACACAGACCAAAAUCAGAAGAAGACACAUCUAAGAAAGAAACAACUGAGAGCCAAAAAGCAGGGAAAGACAAAGCGAAGGAAGAAUCAACCAAGGAACCCAAGUCAGAAGAAGACACAGCGACGAUAGAACAAACACAAAUACCAAAAUUAGAAGUAGACACAGCAAAGGAAGAAACAACUGAGAACCAAAAAGCAGGGAAAGACAAAGCGAAGGAAGAAUCAACCAAGGAACCCAAGUAAGAAGAAGACACAGCGACGGUAGAACAAACACACAGACCAAAAUCAGAAGAAGACACGUCGAAGGAAGAAACAACUGAGGCCAAAAAGCAGGGGAAGACACAGCGAAGGAAGAAUCAACCAAGGAACCCAAGUCAGAAGAAGACACAGCGACGAUAGAACAAACACACAGGCCAAAAUCAGAAGCAGACACAGCGAAGGAAAAAACAACUGAGAGCCAAAAAGCAGGGAAAGACAAAGCGAAGGAAGAAUCAACCAAGGAACCCAAGUCAGGAGAAGACACAGCGACAGAAGAACAAACAGAGAGACCAAAAUCAGAGGAAGCCACAUGGAAGGAAGUACAAACAAUAAGACCAAAAUCAGAGGAAGGCGCAUCGAUGGAAGAAAAAACAAAGAAAUUAAAAUCUGAUGAAGAGUGAGGCAAACCAGAAGAGAAACAAACAGAGAGACCAAAAUCAGAAACAGAAGGAAAUCCUGACGAAUCACAUACAUGGAAACCAGAAAAGAAACCCAAACCGGAAGAAGACUUAUCGAGGGAACCAAAAUCAAAACGAGAAGGGACGUGUGAGAC